AAAAAAAGGCCUGCGCUGGCUGCCCCGGGAGCAGGGACUCGAGGGCAGUGCUUAGGGCAACGGGACACAGCGACUGAAGGCGUGCGUGGGAGGCUGGGACUCUGGGUGGAAGAGUUAGAGAAGGCUCGCUCCCUGGAAGAGGCUGGCUAAAAAAUCUGGGUACCACUACCUGCCACAAGACAUGUGAGAAAAGGGGAUGAUGGUGCCAAAGAUCAAGGGCCCAGCGCUCAGUUCAGCAAGUUUGACUUAGAUCAUAGGUGUCAUACAGAGUCCCAGUCACCAUGGAAGGUGCACACCGGGAAGAGACCAGGGAACAGCAGGAUUCAUCCAAGGAGAGGAAUCCCCGCAGUCCAGGAGGCAACAUCUGCCACCUGGGGGCCCUGCAGUGCACUCGCUGCCUCAUCACCUUCGCUGAUUCCAAGUUCCAGGAGCGUCACCUGAAGCGGGAACACCCAGCGGACUUCGUGGCUCAGAAACUGCAGGGGGCCCUCUUCAUCUGUUUCACCUGCGCCAGAUCCUUCCCCUGCUCCAAGGCCCUGAUCGCCCACCAGCGCAGCCAUGGUCCACUUACCAGGCCCUCCCUGCCAGCCACACCUACCUCUGCCCAGCCCACCUUUCCCUGUCCUGACUGUGGUAAGAGCUUUGGGCAGGCUGCUUCCCUGAGGCGGCACCGCCAGGCACACCAGGCUUGCACCCCACCUGGCCCCUUUGCUUGCACUGAGUGUGGCCAGGACUUUGCCCAGGAAGCGGGGCUGCAUCAACACUACAUCCGGCAUGCCCGGGGGGAGCUCUGAGUGGGGCUUAAGUCUUGCCUGGGACAAUGGAGACUGGCUGGUGGGGUCCUCCUGUGAUAUGGGAUGGAAACCUUGAGAUUUGCUUCUCUCCAUGGAAAAGCAAAGGGCUCCUGAUAAUGCUUUUUUGUGCUUCAGUUUUUGGAGGACACAGAGGCCUUCAGGGAAACUUUGACAAUAGUGAGAUCUUUUGUUUUCAAAAAAUGAGUGAAAAAGAGAGGGAAAAUUGUUCUUUGUAUCUCCCUCAUUCCCAAUUAAAUAGUCGAAAUUACAACUAGCUACAGAUUGUGUAAUCACCUUUAAUUCUUCCCAGAUGGAUGCCAUGGGCUACGGAAGCAAAUUGUCCUGGCUCUGUGCCUGAGGGAGCAGGGAAAGCAAGGUGUUGUUGGUCUGUAAUGCCAACUAUGGGUCCCAGAUGUGAAACAACUUGUGCCUUUGGGGCAGCAAAGUUGGGAGUUGUACUCUGAUCCACUGGGAGUUGCAGUUUCUGUCCCUGUCCCCCUAAUCCCCAACACCACCAGCCUUUCCUACUCAAGGAGGGGCCAGGACAUUGGGCCCUUCAGAAAAUUUAUUGCUAAUUUAAAUAAUUUUGUGUACUAGUCUGGUCAUGGACUAUUUUUUUUUAUAUAUAUGUAGGUGAGAGGGCAUGAAUAAACUAACAGAAAUAGUAUCUAAAAACAGAAAAGGUGUAAGUAAAAGAUAAACAACAAUGCCUGCUGUGCUCCAAAAAAAAAAAAAUUACCCAUGCUGAAAUAACCAUUGUUAAUGUUCUGGUAAAUUUCCUU